AUUUUCUCGAUCAUGCUUUCGCGACAUGUUCUCGCUCGUGUAGGUGGAAUUCGAGGUGUAAUGACUGGACCUGCAGUAAAGCUUAGGCAUGACUUUGAAGGUCAUCCACCUCCACCAGUUACUCAGUUGAACGAGCAUGAGAUAUCAUUGAGGGAUACUGGUAAGCUUUGUAAUCAGUAG